AUGUCUGAUGAUAAUAACAACAAUCUUUCUUGGGUACUUUAUGGUAUAGGAGACAUUAAAUUAGAGAAUAGAAAAAGAAUUGAACCAAAACCCAAUGAAGUAGAAGUAUCAAUAAAAGCAACUGGGAUUUGUGGUUCUGAUGUUCAUUAUUGGUCGCACGGACAUAUAGGAAAUUGGAUAGUUAAAGAACCAAUGGUACUAGGACAUGAAUCAUGUGGAAAAGUUACAAAAGUAGGAAAAGAUUGUAAAAUUUUAAAGGUUGGUGAUAGCGUAGCAAUUGAACCAGGAGUACCAUGCCAUACUUGUGAAUUUUGUAAAAAUGGAAGUUAUAAUUUGUGUAAAGAUAUGAAAUUUGCAGCAACUCCACCAUAUGAUGGUACAUUAUGUCAAUAUUAUUGUACUGCUGAAGAUUUUUGUGUGAAAUUGAUAGAAAAUGAUGAAAAUGUAAAUUUGGAAGAGGCAGCAGCACUUAUAGAACCAUUAUCUGUGGGAGUACAUGCUUGUAAACAAGCAGAUUUGCGAGUUGGACAAUCUGUAAUAAUAUUUGGAGCAGGACCUGUUGGAUUAUUGACAGCAGCUGUUGCAAAAGCUUCAGGAUCUGUAAAAAUUACAAUGUUUGAUAUAAAUCAAGAUAGGUUAAACUUUGCCAAGAAUUAUAUAGCUAAUCAAACCAUUUUAAUUGAUGAUAAUAAUAUUAAAAAUAGCAACAAUAUUGAUUAUUGGAAAAAAUAUUCUAAAGAUUUGGUUGAUUUUGGAGGUGUUGAACAAGCAGAUGUGGUAUUUGAAUGUUCAGGAGCUGAAACUUCAAUUCAAACUGGAAUAUUUAUGACUAAAUCAGGCGGAACAUUUGUCCAAGUCGGAAUGGGUAAUGACAAAGUCACCAUUCCGAUUACAGAUAUUGGAGUUAGAGAAAUUACAAUAAAAGGGACAUUUAGAUAUUGUAAUACGUAUAAGAAAGCAAUCGAUAUGGUAACAGCUGGAUUGAUCGAUUUGAAACCUUUGAUUACUCAUCGAUUCAAAUUUGAGGACGCAUUGAAAGCUUUCGAAAUUGUCAGAGAUGGUAAAUAUGGUAAUGAAAAUGAAUUAGCUUUUGGGAAUAUGCCACGAUCACGUUACGAGAAUAUUUUAUAUAGUUGA